AUGAACUGGCCUGGCGACGACGGAGACUGGUCAAAAUAUGACAUCAUUGUGAGAACUUUGAUGUCCGAUCUCAAGGCACACAGUGCUCUCGACGGGCUUGUUUGGGACAUUUGGGAUGAACCAGACAUUGAGAACUUCUGGGUUCGCUCCCAGCAGCAGUGGUUCGACUUAUAUAUUCGAACAUACAAAAUUAUUCGUGAAGACGCCGGCUUUGAUCGAGUUCACUCUCUAGGCCUACGCUUGCUUAUCGCCCCGUGGCUGGCAACACCUAGUGGGCCAAUUGGCUGGCCCAGAUUGCAGGCAACGAUACUAUUCCAGAGCAGUACGCAUAUCACUUGGAAGGAGGGACGGGUGAUUGAGACAAUGAUCUUCAAGACACAAGCGGCACCUUGA